CAACCCUCCCUUGACUUUUGUUCUUGUUUUUAGGGGGGUUUGACUUCUAGGACAUCUGGAAGCUGUCCAUAGGGGGGGGGAUACUGUCACGGCCAGGGCGCAUCCCAAUGCGUCCUCAUCUGUGCCUCAUGACGAGCGCACCGCGGGCCACGCCCACAUGCGCUCUCUCAUCCUUGCGCCCAGCUUGUCUCACCUUGGGACACGCCCACGGCCGCGGCGCACUUCCAGGGAUGCGCCGUGCGCGUCUCCGCUCUGCAGCAGCAACCAGCUGCAAUCAUUCACUGACAAUCGGCGCACCUGUCGGUAAUGAGGACGCUGCCUUCAUAAGCCUGCUGAACUGGCCAUCAGGCGCCGGAAUAUAGUCUACUGUACAACCUCCGUUCCCGUGUUUUGACGUUGCUGUGUGUCUCGUCAUUCCUCGUCGUUCCCCUGCUUCUCGGACUGCGCCCUUGGAUCUCGACCUCCCGCUUGGACACGGAUUCCCCUCUUACCCUGGACUUCCUCAUCUCUCGUUCAACACAUGUGUCUGUCGCCGUCACCUCCCCUUAGUCCAACCAUAACAUUAUGGAGGUUAUUCCAAACAAUAUGGUUAGGCUGGAGAGCCUGGAUGGAAAGCCCAAGCAUAUGAUGACCCCGUAUGCAUCACUGAAACCUCUGCGCCCGGGGACUCACCCUGGCUGGCCAAAGGAUUCCCCUUCAGCCCCUGUGCUUCCAGGAGAUGCUGAAAUGCUGACUUCAUCAUCGGAGGAGGAAACUGAGUGUCAUUGUUUCACGGACCAUACAUAUGCUGGCCCCACAUAACCCUGGAAAAAAGAGCUGCACCCCGACCAGAAACAACUGCUCGAGUAUGUUUUGGCCUGCGAUCGUCCAGCUAUGGAGCUGAUCGUUAAAGAGGGAGGGGUGUGUUUAGCCCGAGAAGAGUUUUGGUCUCUCGGGUUGUCCAGAGACAUGGACUCCACGAUGGGAAAUGCUUGCCUCCAGCUGGUUCAGGAAGCUGCUCAGAGACAUGGCAAAGAUGUCUUCAUUGCCAACAUGUAUAUUGUACCAACGUGGAAGCACAAAGACGUCGAUCCAAUGUCAAGCCUUCCAAGGGAUGCACAUCUAAAGGAUGCACUCCUCUUCCCAGCGUGGAGCAAGCACAACAUUACCUUCUCUGUGAGCAUUGCACAGCACAUCGUCCCAGGAAGCUGGAGUGAGCUCACUGGAAAAGACAUGCAGGAGAUCCCACGCCAGACCUCGGGGAAUGACUGUGGUGUUUUCAUGCUCAUGUACUCCCCCUGGCUCUGUACGGACACUACUUUUCACUACAGUGUGCUGGACAUGCAGUCAAUCCGGCGUUGGUGGUGUGUCCUUCUAAUGGAACGCUUUGGCAUUGAAGGGCAUGGCCAGAGGUUCUGUUAUUGGACAGACAAGGCGAGCGGCCUAUUGCAGGGCAUUCUUCAGCCAGUCUUUAGGGUAUCCAGAAACUCAGUCCAGGCCAUCGACUGCGUCAUCAAAGAAUAACUGAAUACAGUACUGGUGCAGCUCGUGCAAUGUUUGGAACAAAACAUUUGUAAACAAUAAAAAAUCAUUUUACAUUGCAGUUUUUUGUCUCAUUUUAAAGUCUUGAAGAAAUACCCAAGGUUUUUCUUUAUUUUUAUGUUCUUAUUCUAAAUACUGUCGUUUGUCUGACCACGGGUCAUCUGACUUCACUG